AUGUCCGGCCCUCUCUUCGGCAUCGUCCCUGCCGGCCAGCCUCUGCUGACGGACCCAACAUCGGCGCCCUCGGGAACCUCAUUUCUCUACUCCAUAUCUGCCUCCAGACCCUUCUCCCACAUCACGGUCAUGCUCCUCCCCGGCAUCGUCCUACCGCCAGAGACCGCAGCCGCCAUCUACUUCGCAACGGCUGCCGACGUUGCCGCUGCAACCGCAACAGGCCAGACACCAAACUUUAAGUUCCUCGGCGGUAUAGGGACCGGCAAAGAAAGUGCCACCUUCAAACUCAACGCCGGCAAUGCCAACAACAGCGGUGACCCCAACGCCGGUAGCGUCAUGAUUGGCGUCUCGGUCGAACCCGCCGAGUCUGUCUUCUCCCGCAUACAAGAGCUCUCCGCCAACAAGGCCUCCAACCCACGAGCCGCGUCGCAGCCAUCCACGCAGCUUUUGGCGCAGAACAUUAUCAAAAACGCCUUCAACUUCCUCGCAAGCUUCAGUGGCACGGCCGGCCCUGGGGGCGUCGAGGUGGUCCCGCUGAAGGCGUUUGAAGAGUGGUGGAAAAAGUUUGAGAGUCGCGUGCGGUCCGAUCCGAGUUUCCUCGAAAGGCCGCAAGAUUGA